AUACUUUUCUUGCGAAUCAGUUUAACGGUUGUCGCUGUACAUGCACGAUUAAGGAAACGUAGACAUAUCCUCCCCAAAGAUCCUCGAGGUGUUGCAAAAAGACAGAAUAAAGAUUGCGGUACAUCGCGAGCUUACACUUUCAAUCACUGUAUACCUUGUAUACCUUGUACUUUUAUUACGCAAACUUUUCACGUAAACGAAGGAACAACAGACAAAGAUAUUUUAAUGAAGCCGUUGAAAUCCAAAGAUGAAGACGCAAAAACCGGAGAUUCAGGUCCAGCAGAUUUUGAACGGGCAAUCACAGCAACAGGCUAUGGAAAAUUUAAUUACUUGUUGCUACUGGCAGUACUCCCGGGUAGUUUCUCUAGCAUCUUCUCCUCAUCAGUGAUGUCCUACGUGCUACCGUCCGCUGAAUGUGAUCUCCAGCUAACCAUGUUUGACAAGGGACUAUUGAACUCAAUGACGUUCGCAGGAAUGAUUAGCACAGUAUUUUUCUGGGGUUGCAUGGCCGACACGUUCGGUCGUAAAAAACUAAUGUUUUACGGUUAUUUGAUUACUGGUUUGCUAAGUCUGGCGACGUGUUUUUCGCAUACCUCAUGGCUUUUAAUAACAUUCAAAUUUUUCGAUGGUGUCAUCAUAGCUGGCCCAUACGCAGCACUUAUGUCAUACUUGGCGGAGUUACAUGACGAAGUCCAUCGAUCGCGGUCGUACAUGUGGCUUGGCGUGUUCUUCUCACUUGGAAACAUUUCCCUGCCAUGUAUAGCAUGGCUCAUACUACCUCAAAACUGGGAUGUUACACUUUUUAAUCAAACAAUAGAAAUAAAUUCGUGGAGAGUGUUUCUAGCAAUCUGUUCAUUACCAGAAUUUCUAGCGUGCGCCGCUCUUUACGCUUUCCCAGAGAGUCCACGUUUUCUUAUCCUAAAAGGUCGAUACGAUGAAGCGUUGAAUGUCUUCAAAAAAAUCUACUCACUCAAUACUGGAAAAGAUCCUGACACAUAUCCGAUAAAAUCUCUCAAGAAUGAAUAUUCCGUCGAAUCUUCCGGAGAACGAAUACAGGACAAGAUGCGUAGCUGCUUAAAGCAGAUGAAACCUCUUUUCCUACCACCUAAUAUUUUCAAACUGAUACUUAUAUCGACGAUACAGCUGGGAGCAACGUUAGGAUCGAACUCACUGCGACUUUGGAUGCCACAGUUGUUUGCGAUGAUCGAGAGUUACAAGAAUACUGUCAUGAAGAAUGACAACCAUGUAUCUGGUCUGCAAUCCUCAUUUUGUUACAUGUUAGGUCAAGAAAAAUUGCAUCUUAAUUCUACUCGAUAUAUCAAUGAAACGAUUAACAAUGACGCAGUUGCAUGCGUUCCAAUGGAGAUGAAUUCUCAAGUCUUUAUUAAUUCUAUUGUUAUCGCCAUUACAAGCGUAAUCGGUUAUACUCUGGGUGGUACUCUGAUUACUGUAGUUGGGAAAAAGAAACUGAUGGCAAUUUGUUUCAUUGUCGCUGCUAUCUCUUGUGGUUCACUUUAUUGGGCUGAAGAUACCAACAGUAUUCUCGGACUAUCCUCAGUAUUUGUUGCUAUGUCGAGUAUAGGUGGUGCAACUGUUACUAAUAUUAUCGUUGACAAUUUUCCCACAUGUUUAAGAACUAUGGCAGUCAGCAUAACUAUGAUGAUGGGAAGAAUAGGCGCAGUAAUAGGCAAUUUAUUGUUUCCCAUUUUAUUUAAUUUAUCAUGUCUAGGACCAUUUAUUAUGAUCGGCUCGGCUUGCUUAGCAUGUGCAUUUUUGGUCGUUGUACUACCUCGCAAAAAAGAAGAUGUCGACAAAGCAAAGGAUAUUCCUUAAUUUUUCGAAGAUAUAUCCUGUAUUUAUCGAUGUAAAUAUUUUUUUGUUAUUAUAUAUUUUAACUAUCGAUAUUUAUUAUUUUUAUAUCUAUGCACAAUAUUUUCUGCCAUGUAAAUAAACGUGUCCAUAUAUG